GCGGUGUGUUAUGGAACCGUGUUGUUUGGAAAACGGGUGACAGUGUAACAUAGAGGUCGUCUUCAACCCCAACGAUCAGCUGUAAAUUCUGGUGGUCCCUGCACAAGAUCAACAGAUGGUGCUGAUAAAAGAAGAAGCUCCUGAAGAAUGGAGGCCUGGUGUGGACCAGCUGGACCCAGAGCCUCUCAACAUAAAAGAGGAAGACCAGGAGCCUUGGACCAGAUACCAACACACUGUAAAUGAGGAAAGUAACGUCACACAUUAUUCAUGCAUUGUAGUUCCUUUGAAAAAUGAAGAUUAUGAAGAGAAGCCUCUGUUCUCACAGCUUCAUCAACACCAAGUGGAGAACAGAGAUUUUCCAACCAGCAGCUCAGCUGAUCAGAUGGAAGUAGCAGCUGAUGCAGAGGACUGUAAAGGGGCAGAAACUACCAGAAACUCAGAUCUAAAUACUCACAUAGAUGAUUCCAGCUCUUCAGAGACUGAACUCAGUGAGGAUUAUGAAGAUGAUGAGGAUGUAUACUAUCCUGACUCUCAGCUGAAAGACUUGUCAGGCUUUGGUCCUAAAACUGAAGACAGUAACAAAGAGUGGGAGGACAGCAGGGCUCCUGAGUCAGGUGUAAACACUGUCAACAAAUCUCUGAAAUGCUCUGAGUGUGGUAAGCAUUAUGCCAACAACUGGUCUCUUCAGAGACACAUGACAUGUCAUCCACGACUAAAGUCUUCUACCUGUUCAGUUAAAAAGAGAAGUGUUGGAGUGAAGAAAAAUGGAGAGUCACACAGGAAAGUCCAGACAAAAUCAAAAGCAUUUAGAUGUCAUGACUGUGAUAAAAAAUUUACCAGCAAAAAUGAUCUAAACAGACACAUGAGAGUCCACUCAGGAGACAAACCAUUUUUUUGUGAUCUUUGUGAAAAAGGUUUUAGCCAAAUGUCACAUUUAAACACGCACAUGAGAAUUCACACUGGGGACAAACCUUUUCCUUGUGAUGUUUGUGGACAAAAAUUUACUCAUAAAUCAACUUUAAUCUUCCACCUGAAACUCCACACUGGAGACAAACCUUUUUCUUGUGAUGUUUGUGGACAAAGAUUUAGACAAACUUCUAAUCUGAACUCGCACAUGAGAACCCACACAAGGGACAAAUCGUUUACUUGUGACAUUUGUGGACAAAGAUUUACCCAUAAGUCAACUUUAAACUCCCACCUAAAAAUCCACACAGGGGACAAACCUUUUUCUUGUGAUGUUUGUGCACAACAAUUUGGCCGUAGUGACAGUUUAAACUCCCACAUGAGAGUCCACACUGGUGACAAACCAUUUCCUUGUGAUGUUUGUGGACAAAGAUUUAGCCGUAGUAGUAAUUUAAACUCCCACACGAGAGUCCAUACAGGUGAGAAACCAUUUCCGUGUGAUUUUUGUAGACAAAGAUUUAGCCACAAGUCAACUUUAAAAGCACACAUGAGAGUCCACACAGGAGACAAACCUUUUUCUUGUGAUAUUUGUGGACAAAGAUUUAGACAAAGGUCAUCUUUAAAUUCUCACCUGAUAAGCCACAGAGAUAAACCAUUUCCUUGUCAUGUUUGUGGACAAAGAUUUAGCCAUAUGUCAAAAUUAUAUGCCCAUAUGAGAUUCCACACAGUUGACAAACCAUUUCCAUGUCAUGUUUGUGGACAAAGCUUUAGCCGCAAGGAUAAUUUAAACAGACACUUUAGAAUCCACACCAACGAGAAAACAUCUCCAAAAAACUCACCUGCUGUCACACAGAACUGA